AGAGAGAGAGAGAGAGAGAGAGACUAGCCCCGCCGGCGGCCCAUUGAGGAAAGAUGGCCACAGUCAGUGCAAACGGAGUGCAGCAGGAGAAUGGAUUCAGCACCACGGACAGCGGCGGCAGGAUGAACGGGCUCAGCCUCGGCCAGAACACCAUCCCCAUGAAGGACCACGACGCCAUCAAGCUUUUCAUCGGCCAGAUCCCCCGCAACCUGGAGGAGAAGGACCUGAAACCACUCUUUGAGGAAUUUGGCAAGAUAUACGAACUCACGGUUCUGAAAGACAGGUUUACCGGGAUGCAUAAAGGAUGUGCCUUUCUAACAUACUGUGCCAGAGAGUCAGCCCUGAAAGCCCAGAGCGCCCUCCAUGAACAGAAGACUCUGCCAGGGAUGAACCGGCCCAUCCAGGUGAAGCCAGCAGACAGCGAAGGACGGGGAGAAGACAGGAAGCUGUUUGUGGGGAUGCUGGGCAAGCAGCAGAGCGAGGACGACGUCCGGCGGCUCUUCGAGACCUUCGGCCAGAUCGAGGAGUGCACCGUCCUGCGGGGUCCUGACGGGGCCAGUAAGGGCUGUGCUUUCGUCAAAUUCUCCAGCCACGCAGAAGCCCAGGCUGCUAUCAACAGCUUGCACGGCGGACAGACUAUGCCUGGGGCCUCGUCCAGCCUGGUGGUCAAAUUCGCAGACACAGACAAGGAGAGGACUCUGCGCAGGAUGCACCAGAUGGCGGGUCAGCUCGGCAUCUUUAGUCCCAUGACCAUCCAGUUUGGGGCCUACGGCGCCUACUCUCACGCUGUAAGUCUCAGCCCGGCGGGGGAGGAGACGCAGAUGAUGCAACAGCAAGCAGCCCUGAUGGCGGCAACGCAAGGGUCCUACCUGAACCCCAUGGCGGCCAUCGCCGCCGCGCAAAUGCAGCAAAUGGCAGCUUUCAAUGUCAAUGGCCUGGUGGCCACGCCCAUGACACCAUCCUCAGGCACCAGCACGCCCCCAGGCAUCUCUGCAACCGCUGUCCCCAGCAUAGGCGGCCCCAUCGGAGUAAAUGGAUUCAGCGCCCUGGCGCCCCAAAGCAACGGGCAACACACGUCGGAGCCCAUCUACACCAACGGCAUUCACCCGUACCCAGCACAGAGUCCGACGGUGGCCGACCCUCUCCAGCAGGCUUACGCCGGCGUCCAACACUACGCAGCAGCCUACCCUGCCGCCUAUGCGCCAAUCAGCCAAGCGUUCCCACAGCAACCGACCAUCAUCCCCCAGCAACAGAGGGAAGGGCCAGAGGGUUGCAACCUGUUUAUUUAUCACCUGCCCCAGGAAUUCGGUGACGCCGAGCUCAUGCAAAUGUUCCUCCCUUUCGGCAACGUCAUCUCUGCGAAGGUCUUCGUGGACAGAGCAACUAAUCAGAGCAAAUGUUUCGGCUUUGUGAGUUUUGAUAACCCAUCCAGCGCCCAAGCAGCCAUCCAGGCCAUGAACGGCUUUCAAAUAGGCAUGAAGAGGCUGAAGGUGCAGCUAAAGCGGCCAAAGGACGCCAACCGACCUUACUGACUGGUCUGCAGUCUGGAUGAAGGAUGAAGGGCCACAACACCUUAUUUCCACAAGUGCAGUCGAAAGUACAAAGACUCCUUGCUCUGCUACAUAUCACGAAGGAAUGGAGGUCUCUUGAUCCCGCUGGAAUCCCACUAAAAGAUUGGGCGACAGAGAAGAGUUUUCCCUUUUUUCUUUCCCGCUUCCUUGUUUUUUUUGUUUUGUUUUUUUGCAAACACCUUUUUUAUUAUUCUGUUUUGUUUUGGAAAAUUUCUGCAGAGACCAACUUUUUUGCUGCUCUUUUUUAGACAUGAUGGGUUGGGGAAAAGGAAGAAAAAAAUAACUUUUUAGACUCAUUAUGCUCAAAGCAUGCAUACGUCAACACACACGCAUACACAAAGACAAUGAAGUUAAAAAAAAAAAAAAACUUUGUAUAUGUAUAAAUAAGUGCAAAUGCCAAUUCAAGUACUGAAGCAAACAAACACACACAUAUAUAAACACACACACACUCACACACACACACACACACACACACACACACGCACACACCAGCCUGCUGCCAUUUUGGUUUUUGUGCCUACACAGCUGUGUACUGUGUGACAGGGCCGUGCUCUGGACGGAUGAAGACAACAACAAAGAAGAAGAAUCCAGGAUAAUUUACAUGCAUCAUUCCUUAGGAAAUAGGGACCAAAGGACUAAAACGCUUUUUAAAAGAAUAUAAAUAUAUAAAUAUAUAUUUAAAAAAAAAAAUCAUACCUUGUAGCUUCAAGUAUUACUCAUAGUUAAAAAAAAAAAAAACAUUAAAUCAAUAUCCAGUGGCCUACUGUAAGUACGAAUAAAAAGAAUAUGGACUUCAUGUAUCAAAAAAAUAAUAAUAAUGGUAGCUUAGGGACUGAUAUUUUUUGCUCUGGAUGCUGAUCGGGCACCAGGUUGUAUUAUAGGUUAGAAGUAGAUUAGGAAAAAUAUGUAGAUUUGCUAACUUUUAAUGUUGUUUGAAAAAAAAAAAUACUUGAAGUUACAAUGAAAAGGAACAAAAGGAACAAUGGACAUGAUAUGGUCACUGGAUACUGCGCUCAUUAGAACGUCCAAGGCAACGGGAGAAAGACUGUUCCGGAACGGGAACCCCACUUAAAAAAAGAAGACAACUCAUGCCUGCGCUGGACACGGUGCAGACGAUGAAGACUUCUCCUUCGCCAUUGCGAUGUCCAAGCGACAAUCCACUUUAAAAGACCAGGCAACCCCGAUUGGUGUCUUUUGGACUUUUGUUUACUGACGUUUGUUUCAAAUCGCAACAUAUGAAGCCACCAAUUGUUGAAAGCAAACUGUUUCUAUGGAGGGAAAUGAACGCACGUUUAUUAUUGAACAGGAAAGCUACCGAAACUGCCAGAAGAAUGAACCUCAAAUAAUUAAAGUCGGGUUUCCCUUAGCGUUGGGUGCGCAUUUUAUCGCCUUUCCAUUGUUCAACAGGAUGACCAAAAUAUCCAAACGAAUGGUCCCAACAAAUACCAGCUUGCAAUGUUUCAAUGAAUUACUUUUAAAUCCUGAAUAAAAAACGGUACAGUGCAAGAUAAACAAAUAUGUAAUACAAAAAUAAUCAUAACAUUUUUCCCAUUUCGUCAUUUCUAUCAUCGCAUGUAAGAUGACAAAGAAAGACAAUUCUCCAACGGCCAAUAAAUAACCCUCUGGGUUCAGCCCCCAUUUUUAUCGGCCACUAUUGUGUGUAAAAAGCACAGACAGAGGUAGUAUCAGAGUCGUAUCUAAGACGGAAGGGUGCUCGGGUAACUUAUACAGUAAAUGUGUUUUUAGGGCAGGCAUGGCGAUUUUGUUUGUGUUAAGCGUGCACAAUUGACUAGGACUGGUAACCGACCGAAUUACGUCCGUAACUUCGAUACCAGGGUUGCACGUGACGUCAUGUCAGGUUGCAGACUUGGCACAUUCAGAACAGGUGUAGUCAUAGUGGACUGCCCAUAGGAAAUGUUGCAAUUUUCUAUGCCAACAAAGCAAGCAUGGCUGACAGAAAGUGGUCAAAAGGUAAGGCCCCACUUUCCGAGCUAGCUCGAUAUUAAUUUAUAUUGGUUAUGUCUAAAUACAUGCUACUAGCAUUAGCAAUUU